CCGUUUUGUUUCUCCCCCGUGUCAUUCCCAGCCGCCCCCCUUCAUCGUACCUUUUCGGUUCUCUUGCAGUUUUUUUGUACCAAGUUACUACCAACCAUCCAAUGCAUCCACGCACCAUGGCAGGUAAGGAUCCCGACAAUGGUCUAGAGCUCACAGCAGAUGUCAAGAAGUGGGAUAGCAUUGAAGGGGAGCUUGGUCAUGCGCACCCUCGCGAGCCAUGGGUUGUCUUUUUUUAUGGUGUGGAAGACCCGGUGCAAGUGCUCAAUUAUGAAAGCGAGCAGCAAUUGACCUUCAAGCCUUCUGAUGUAGACAGGCGUGUUCUUGGCGCCAAGUUCAUAGGAGAGAAGGAUUUGGCAGUGUUACUCGAUGCUCCCGUUUGUGAAAUAAACAGCAACAAAGGGCCAUCUCUGAUUGUUUACAGGAUCACUGAAGACUUCCGAAUGGAACACAGCAAGACAUUCCAGGUCAUGAAAUGUCUGUCGGCAGUGACAUUGACUGUGCAUCCAUACGUUCGGCACGUAUUAGUAGCUGGGAGCGGUUAUUCGGGGGAAGGUGUGAUUAACUUUUGGGAUUUAGACAGGGAUUUCCACAGCAAGACAGGUGGUGUGGAAGGUCCUAUAUACUGGACGUGCUUCCGUACUGCUGAGCCAUACAUAUUUUUGUGUGGGGCUUCCAAUACGGUCAUGGUUUGGGAUGCAAAGAAGAUGGUUCCGCUGCAAACAUGGAAACCAACAUGGACACCAGGCAUAUGCCCUACUUCUGUGGGACUCGGCCCUAGACACCAAGAGUCACUUAUCAUCGCGGGCGAUGGGGAGGGUAGGCUACAUGUGUGGGACUAUCAGAGGGAAAAUUGUGUGACCACUCUCAAAGCUCAUGAAGGCCGAGUUGUAUCUGUUUACUUCCAUCCACAUCUGCCAUACAUAUUCAGCACGUCCAGAGACGGAGAGAUCAAAGUGUGGAGUGAUUCAAAUUAUCAGUGCAUAAGAAGUCUUCGCAGUGGGCUGACGCAUGUGUUUUACGCCUUUCCCGGCAGAAAUGAAAGUAUGCUUGUGCUUUGGGAUUACCUCGAAGAUGAAGUGUGUGUCAUCAAGAUAGGUAUGUCUCCCAAGGCCGACUUUGAGGAAAGGGGAAAAUCUGAGGUGGGAGAUGGGAGGGAAGAAAGUGACGAGAAACUCCAGAUUGAGAAAAUGGAAGAAUCGCGGAUAAUACAUUUGGAGACCGAGUUGGGGGCUGUGAGGGCAGAGAAUAUGGCACUGGAAGAUGAACUUCAGAAACAAACGCAAACACACGCGCAAAGGAUAAAGGAGCUUGAGACUGAGCUAAUCAACAUAAAGAUGGAGAGGCAGGAAUUACGAGAGGUUUUUGAGAUGUUGCGAUCAGAGCAUGACAGGGAAAAAGGCAUGCACUCAGAAAGGAUCAAGCAACUUGAGAAUGAGAAUGGCAAUCUGUUGGUGGAAAGAGAGGCACUCAAAGAGAGAUUAGAGGAAUCAAAGGCCAAGGUUCAACAUUCGCAAUGCAGGUUGGAGAUGGAUGGAGGUGCAGCUGAGAGAUUGGAAACCAUGAGGAUGGAGAGAAGGGCACUCGAGGAGGGAUUCCAAAAAGAGAGGCAAACAUAUGCAGAGAGAGUCAAGGAGCUUGAGACUGAGCUCAGAAAUGGGAGGAUCGAGAGACAGGCAUUAGGAAAGGCCUUUGAGAGAUUCCAAUCGGAGCAUGAGAGAGAAAAAGGCAUGCACUUAGAGAGGGUCAAGCAGUUGCAGAACGACAUAAGCAAUGUGCGGGCCGAAAGGGGGGUAGUAAAACAGAGAUUGGACAGAUCGGGUGAAGUUACAAAGGAGGUUCUAAUGGUCGACCAACAUCCAUUCAGAGAGUUUUCCCUGGACGAACUGAAGUCUGCCACGAAUGACUUCAGCAAUAACUGCAAACUCGAGGAGCGACAUUACGGAUGCGUUUACAUGGGAAGGAUCACACCUGUGACCGUAAAGAGACUCGAGGGUGGAAAUAGCCUGACACCGAAUCAGCAUGCAGAACUGACGACCGAGGUUGUGGACGCAUUGAGGUCUCUUCGACACCCCCACCUGCAGUGCCUGGUUGGGGUGUGCUACGGAGGAAACUGCCUCGUGUACGAGCCCAUGGCCAAUGGAAAUGUCAAAGAAUGGAUCUCCUCCGCCGAAGGGCCACAGAGGGGCUUCUUGCCGUGGUACAUCCGCCUGCGGAUUAUGGCUCAGGUUGCCCAAGCCUUGGCCUUCCUUCAUUCCAGCAGCUCAUUAAGUGUAUGUCCUAUCAUCCACCGUGCCAUCAAGCCCGAAAACAUCCUUUUGGGUACUAACAACUUGGUGGCAAAACUUGCUGAGGUUGACGCGGCCUUGAUUGCCCCAGUCGAUGGGGCACCCCGAAUGCCUAUAUCCCCUAGAGUUGAUGCUCAGUACAUGGCCCCAGAGUUCUUCCGCACUGAGGUCUUCACUCAGCAGACUGACAUUUAUGCCUUCGGCAUCACCAUCCUGGAGAUCCUCACCGGAAAGUUCAAGGAUGCAUUUGGAAUUAUGGAAGACGCAGUAGAAGAUCCGGCCAACUUUACAAAUACCCUGGACCCAAACGCAGGAAGUUGGGACGUGGAUCUGGCCAUGGAAGCAGCAGCAGUCGGUCUGAGGUGUGCGAAUCCUAACAGGCGCCUUCGACCUAGCAUGAUGACAGGUGAAGGUGCCAUUCUUCCUGCACUAGAGCGUAUUGCUCAGCAAGUGCAACUUGCUGACUCAAUUGAGGACGUGCGAAGGAUGAGCCUGUGUGAGUAGCUCAGUCACAGUGUCGACGUGGAAGGGUGGACGUGACAGCGCUCGACGGGGAGGUAAAGCGUGAUAAUCGCGUCUGCAUCACUUUG